AUGCUAGCAUUCCUUCGGAUUGCGGCCUUUAUCCCCUCCGCUUUCGCGGCUCAGCACGUGUUCGACCUUAGUAUCGUGAAUACCAAGCUCGCCCCAGAUGGCUUCGUCCGCGAUACUGUAGUCCCCAACGGCACUUUCCCGGGACCAACAUUCGCCGUCAACAAAGGCGACUCCGUGGUCAUCCAUACCCACAACAAACUCACAGAUGCUCUUAUGCGUCGCAGUACAUCCAUCCAUUGGCACGGCUUCUUCCAAGCCCGCACAUCUGGCAUGGAUGGCCCUUCCUUCGUCAACCAGUGUCCAAUAGCGCCUGGUACCACAUUCGACUACGUUUUUGAUACUGCUGGCCAGACUGGCAACUACUGGUAUCACUCGCAUCUUUCCACUCAAUACUGUGACGGACUACGGGGAGCAUUUGUCGUAUAUGACCCCAAUGAUCCCUUGAAGAGCCUGUACGAUGUCGAUGAUGCCUCAACGAUCAUUACACUAGCCGAAUGGUAUCACGUUCUUGCGCCUGCUGGUCAAGACUCUUUCUUCAAAACCGGCAUUGUCCCUGUCCAGGACUCGGGACUCAUCAAUGGUGUCGGGCGCUUCAAUGGUGGACCGCUAGUCCCAUAUGCUGUAAUCACUGUAAAGCAGGGUUUGCGCUACCGCUUUCGCGUUUUCUCGCUCUCAUGCCGUCCAUUCAUGACCCUUUCAUUCGACAACCACACUUUCGAUGUCAUUGAACUCGACGGUGUCGAGCACGAUCCUGUUCCAUUCCAAAAUGCUGAUGUCUAUGCGGCCCAGCGGAUUUCCGUCGUCCUCCACGCGAACCAGAGCGUGGACAACUAUUGGAUUCGUGCUCCGCCAACCGGCGGAUCGUCGGCCAAUAACCCAAACUUCAAUUCCAGCUUGACCUUGGCGAUUCUCCGUUACGAAGGCGCUCCUGCUGUUGAGCCUACGACCGUCAACGUUCCUGGCCCGAAAAUGGACGACGGGCUUAUGCAUCCAAUUGCGUCUGAGCGUCCCGGAAAGCUUGGGUCCGGCCCACCCGACUUUGCUGUCACGUUGAAUAUCGCCCAACCAAACUUGCCGUUCUUCGAUAUCAAUGGGAUCUCAUAUCAAUCGCCCUCUCUCCCGGCCUUGUUGCAGCUUCUCAGCGGUGCAUCUAAACCACAAGACCUCAUUCCUUCAGAGAAUCUCAUCCUUUUGCCACCAAACAGCAUUGUUGACAUCAGCAUACCAGGGACCGGCGCUCAUCCAUUCCACUUGCAUGGGCACAACUUCGAUGUCAUCCUGCAGUCCAACGCCGGCACCAAAAACUUUGUCAAUCCACCGCGUCGCGAUGUAACGCCCAUCAACGGUGGAAACACCACCUUCCGGUUCUUUACCGACAAUCCGGGAGCAUGGUUCUUACACUGUCAUAUCGAUUGGCAUUUGGAAGCCGGAUUAGCGGUCGUCUUUGGGGAAGCGCCUUCCGCCAACAGAGCUGGACCGCAGUCGCAGAUUCAGACUGCACAAUGGAAGCAACUGUGUCCGACUUAUGACGCUCUAGCGCCUGAAUUCCAGUAG